GCCCCGCCGCAACGCUUCACACCGGCCGGACAGGGAUCGAUCGCCUCAUCGACACUCCUCGUAGAGUCGUAGCUAGUGAGUGAGGGGGUGCGGCUGGGGGGCAGAGCCGGAGAGAGAGAUGGGCGCGGCGGACCAGUUCGUGGGCACGGCGGAGGGCGGGCUCGGCGGGGAGGCGCUCUACUGCGCGGUCAUCCUGUGGCUGUCCGUGGUGUCGUGGAUCAUCUUCUCCUGGGUCGGCGGGGAGGACGACGGCGGCGGGAGGAGGCGGCGCGGCCGGGGCAGCCGCGGCAGCCCCGUGUUCGUGGGCGCCGCGGGGAUCUGCGACGGCACGGGGCCCGGCUGCAGCGGCGGCUACGGCAUCUGCGGAAACUGCCUCGACUAGCCGCUCGCUCGCGCGCCUCUUCUGUGGCAAGCAAGUUCGUGCGACCGUCGGCGCGGCGAGCAAGCAUGUACAUGUCGCCACCGAUCGACGCCGGAGCGGGGGGCUGUGCUGUGUAGUGGCGUCGAUCGACUUGGCGUGGCUCCGGAGGAGAGAAGGGCGAGCUCCCCUUUGUGAAGGCAAUAAGAGGGAGAUCGACCGCCAGUCUGUUUCCAUCUUGCUUCGGUUGCAGAAGCUGAGUUCUUAGCUUUUUUUUUUUGGGUUCGUUCCUCCAUCUGCUCGAUCCUCUGUGUAAAUAUCUCCAUAUUCCGUUUGUCUCCAGUUUAAUUAAGAUGCAAAAGUACCUGUGAAUUAGAUGUCUUCAAUACCACUACACGUGAGGUCUGAUGUUCCGGUC